GAGGCCGCAGCGGCCCCUCCCCCGCCACGGGAAGGCCCGGGGCGCCGGCGGCCGCGGGGGGCCCGUCCCCGCCCAGGGCCCUCGCCAUGGUGGGAGCCCAGCAGCUGGAGCUGGCCGAGAUGCAGCCUGGCCCGGCAGCGGCAGCGAGCAGCAGCGAGCACCAGUACGAGUGUCUGGAGUGCGGCAAGGUCUUCAAAUGGUCAUCGCGCCUUAUCCACCACCAGCGCACGCACACAGGUGAGCGGCCCUACAAGUGCUCUGAAUGCCCCAAGGCCUUCAAAGGCUCUUCGGCCCUGCUCUACCACCAACGCAGCCACACGGGUGAGCGGCCCUACAAGUGCUCCGAGUGCGGCAAGGCCUUCAAGCGCUCCUCACUGCUGCAGAUCCACCAGAGCGUCCACACAGGGCUGCGGGCUUUCAAGUGCGCACUCUGUGGCAUGGCCUUUAAGUGGUCCUCACACUACCAGUACCACGUGCGCCAGCACACGGGCGAGCGGCCCUACAAGUGCACGGCCUGCGACAAGGCCUUCAAGAACUCCUCCAGUCUCCGCCGCCACCGCCACAUCCACACAGGUGAGCGGCCCUACGUCUGCACGGCCUGUGGCAAGGCUUUCACUCAGUCCACCAACCUGCGGCAGCACCAGCGCAUCCACACUGGAGAGCGGCCCUAUGCCUGUGCCCAAUGUGGCAAGACCUUCACCCACUCCUCCAACCUGCUCCUUCACCAGCGCACCCACGCUGGCUCCCGGGCGCACAAAUGCCCUGCUUGUGCCAAGGCAUUCGUCUCGGAUGUCUACCUGCAGAAACACCUGCAGACCCAUGCUGCUCGCCCACCCAGCAAUCCCUUGGCCCCACCGCCACUCUUUCUGGCGCCUGCCGAGACUGUGGAGACUGUGGAGAUGCUCUGGAAGUGUGGUGACUGCGAGCUGACCUUCAAGAGUGAGGAGCUGUUGCUUGGCCACCAACAGAGCCAUUUGGAGGUAGGGAUGCCCGGGCCAGGCCCUGGUGGUGGUGAGGCACCGACGGCCACGCACAACUGCCCCACAUGCGGCAAAGUCUUCAAAAAUGGCUCUGGGCUGGCACGGCAUCAGCAUAGCCACACUAGCGAGCGACCCUUCAAGUGCUCGGUGUGUGAGAAGACCUUUGUGCAGCUGGCCAGCCUGCUGGGCCACCAGCGCAGCCACCCCGCUGAGCAGCAGCUCAUCCAGGCUGAGGCCGAGGUGACGUGUUCCCAAACAGCACCUGAGCCAGCCCCGGCCCUGGCCCCAGCCCCAGCUGAGCGCCCUUACCAGUGCACAGAGUGCGGCAAGGCCUUUAAGGGCUCCUCGGGGCUGCGCUACCACAUGCGGGACCACACAGGCGAGCGGCCCUACAAGUGCUCCGAGUGCGGCAAGGCUUUCAAGCGCUCCUCACUGCUCUCCAUCCACCAGCGGGUUCACACGGGGCUGCGAGCUUUCAAGUGUGCUGAGUGUGGCCUCACCUUCAAGUGGUCCUCGCACUACCAGUACCACCUGCGGCUGCACACGGGUGAGCGCCCCUAUGCCUGCCCAGACUGCCCCAAGGCCUUCAAAAACACCUCCUGCCUCCGUCGGCACCGGCAGCUGCACACGGGUGAGCGCCCCUAUGCCUGCCUGGUGUGCGGCAAGGCCUUCACCCAGACCUCCAACCUGCGGCAGCACCAGCGCACCCAUACCGGCGAGCGCCCCUAUGCCUGCGCCCAGUGCGGCAAGACCUUCACCCACUCCUCCAACCUCCAGCUCCACCAGCGCACUCACUCCAGCGCCCGGCCCUUCCAGUGCCCCAUCUGCUCCAAGGCCUUUGUCAUGGCUUCCUACCUGCAGCGUCACCUCCGCACCCACGCCGUUGGCCCCAAGCCACCUGCUGCCCCCAAGGCACCACCCACACGGGACGGGCCCCCAGUGCUCAGCCUGGAGGUGGGCAGCCCUCCUGCUGCCCCCAACGCCCAGACCUUCCUGCUGGUGCAGACAGCGCAGGGCUUGCAGCUCAUACCCAGCAUCCCCCACCCACCACAGAAGCUCAUCCUCCUCCCCGCGCCGCAACCCAAGGCCACGGGCCCUGCCUUCAACCUGCUGCCCACUCCACCUGGCAAAGCUGCCCCACGCCAGCAGGAGAAGAGUCCAAAAGUGGUGGCACCCACCAACCCACCACCAGUGGCUGGACAGAGCAUCCUGCUGGUGCCCAGCACAGGACAAGCCCUGCCCAGCAUGCAGAUCCAGGCGUUGGCAGGUGCACAGCGGGCGCCAGGCCUAGCACCCGGAGCCAGCGUCAUUGUGCUGCAAAAUGUCCCCGAGCAGCCCCCGUCAGAGGUGAGCACUCUGCGGGUACAGGCUCUGCCGCCACCACCACCAGAGGUGGCCAGUGUCCAGCUGCAAGCCCUGCCGCAGCCCACAGAGGUGACCAGUGUCCAGCUCCAGGCCACUGAAGUGACAAAUGUGCAGCUUCAAGCUGCCAAAGUGACAAACGUCCAGCUGCAAGCCCUGCCGCAGCCCUCCGAGGUGACCAACAUCCAGCUGCAAGCCCUGCCGCAGCCCUCCGAAGUGACCAGUGUCCAGCUUCAGGCCGCGGAGGUGGCCAAUGUGCAGCUCCAGGCCACCGAGGUGACAAAUGUCCAGCUGCAAGACCUGCCACAGUCCUCCGAGGUGCCCAACAUCCAGCUCCAAGCCCUGCCUCAUCCUCCAGAGAUGACAAAUGUCCAGCUCCAAACCUUGCCGCAGCCCUCAGAGGUGACCAAUGUCCAGCUCCGAGCCUUGCCACAGCCACCGGAGGUGACCAGUGUGCAGCUCCAGACACCUGAGGUGACGAAUGUCCAGCUCCAAACCCCUGAGGGCACCCGAGUGCAGCUCCAACCUGUGCCCCAACCCUCUGAGCCUGUGACAGGGCCAAGCCUGCCAGGUGGCCCCGAGCUACAGAGUGCCACAGGGCUUCCUGAAGGACAGGAUGUGAUCGUGGUGCAGAGCAGUCAGGGUGAGGAGCUGCUGGGGCCGGAGCCGGAGGUGGGCGGCUUGGCCGGGGUGCAGGAUGUGCACCUGGAGAUGCUGCAGACAGCUGAGGGGCUGCAGAACGUGCUGGUGCUGCGCAGUGCCGAUGGUGAGCAGACGCGGCUCUGCGUGCAGGAGGUAGAAAACCUGCCGGAGCUGCCACCAGACGAGGCCCAGGGUGGGCAGAAACUCUUCAUCAUCCGCGGUGAGCCCACCUUGCAAGUGCUGGAGAACGUGCCAGGGACUGGCGGCCAGCUCUCCGUGCAGGCGCGGGGAACGCCUGCCAGCACUGGGGCAACGCCAGGGCCCACCGGUGGCCCCACUGUGGUGCAGCUUCUGCCCGGCCCCCCAGCCCCGGACCUGCCCACCAUCCAGAUUGUACAGACAGUGCCCAGCGUCCAGCUGGUUCACACCUUCUGAGUGGGGUCCGACCCCGGGGCAGGACGCCGGGGUCCUCUCCACAGCCAACCCUGGGCUCUGGGGUGCGGGAGCCACAUGGGGCUCAGCACCAGGACUCCUACGUCCCUUUGCUGCUGGGGUGCAGGAGCUGUAAUGAGCUCAGCACCAGGACUCUUGGGUCCACUCAGCGCUAGAGUGCAGGAUCCAUGGGCGGCUCAGCACCGGCCAGAAUAUGGGAGUCACUGGAGCUUAGCACAGGGCUUCUGGGUCCUUUGGGUGCUGGAGUGUGAGAGCCAUGAUGAGCUCAGCCCCAGGACUCAGCUCCAGGAGUAGGUGCUCCAAGUGGAACCGAGCAUCAGGACUCCUGGGUCCUCCUUUCCAUUGGGGGUGUGUGACGCAGGGAGGUCUGGCCUCCAGGAUACCUGGGUCCUCUUGCAAAGGCUCUGUGAUCCCUGGAGGGUCCUGGCUGCAGGACACCUGGGUCUCCCCUGCACUGGGCUCCCCCUUCCCUAGGAGUUCCUGGCUGCAGGAUGCCCGGUCCCCCCUGCACUGGGAGGUCUGGGCUGCAGGAUGCCGGGUCCCCCCUGCAGUGGGGUCCCCCUGCGCUGGGAGGUCCUGGCUGUAGGAUGCUCGGGUCCCUCCUGCCCUGGGGUAUGCCCUGGGAGGUCCUGGCUGCAGGACACCUGGGUCCCCCCCCCCCGCAAUGGAGUCUCCCUGCACUGGGAGGUCCCGGCUGCAGGAUGCCUGGGUCCCCCCGCAGUGAGGCAAAGACCUGUGUGGGGAGGGCUGUGUCCCCCCUGCACGGGGGCCGGGACCCGCGGGCGGGGCGGGGGGCUCGGCCCAGGACGCUUGGGGCUCCCGGAGAUCUGGGUCCUCCCGGAGACCUGGGUUCUCCCGGCGCGGCUCAAUAAACGCUGCUGUCCCGGC